UUCCUCAUUAUCUUUUGGCUUUUUUCCAACAAAUAUUCACAAAAUUUUCAUAUAUAUAGAGAGAGUAAAAAAGAAAGCUACUUGUUUAAAAGCAAGCAGUGGGUUUGUUUCAUUUGUUUUAUUAGUUAUCUUCUGUUUGAUUCUUCAUCCCUUGGCUUCUUCUUCUUCUUUCAUUUUCUUGAAAUCUCAUCAAGAAAACCCUGAAAAAUGAUGUUUUCAGCAUCAGUUUAUUCUUCUAGCAAUAAAACCUCUACUUCUUUAUCUGAUCAAGAUGCUGCAACCAGCACUGUUUCCCCUGUGAUUACAAGCAAGAUUCAUCAUGAUCAGUUCACUCCUUCAAUCACACUUUCUUCAAUUUCAAGUCAUAUUCAAGAACAUGAUCAUCUCUACCCUAGUCCUCAAAAGAUCAAGAAAAAGAGAAACCUCCCAGGAAAUCCAGAUCCAGAUGCAGAAGUGAUAGCAUUAUCACCAAAAACACUGAUGGCAACAAACAGAUUUGUGUGUGAGAUUUGCAACAAAGGGUUUCAGAGAGAUCAAAACUUGCAACUUCACAGAAGAGGUCAUAACCUACCAUGGAAACUGAAGCAAAGAAACAACAAAGAUGAGGUCAAGAAAAGAGCUUAUGUGUGCCCUGAACCUACUUGUGUGCACCACCACCCUUCUAGGGCUCUUGGGGAUCUCACUGGGAUCAAGAAACACUUUUGUAGAAAACAUGGUGAAAAGAAGUGGAAGUGUGACAAGUGUUCUAAGAUCUAUGCAGUUCAAUCUGAUUGGAAAGCACAUUCUAAAACUUGUGGCACUAGGGAGUAUAGAUGUGACUGUGGUACCCUCUUCUCCAGGAAAGAUAGCUUUAUUACUCACAGAGCCUUCUGUGAUGCUUUAGCUGAAGAAACUGCCAGACUCUCAGCUGCAGCUGCAGCUGCAGCUUCAAUUUCAAUACCUAACACCCACCACCCUUCAAUUAUCAACAAUGUUACAAAUACCCCCUUCAACAUUCAACUAAGUUCACAAAACUCCACAACUUCACUUUUCCAUUUCAAUCACAACCACCCAAACCCAAACCCUACUUGGAUCCCCACCCAAGAUCCCAACUCGGCCCGAAUCAAACCCGAAACCAUCAACCACCCCCACCCGACCCACCACCUUCUUCCCACCAUUUCUUUGCCCUAUUACCAAGACCCGGACCCGACCCGGAUAAUUUCACGGGCGCCAGCAACAUUCCACGGUCUCCACGUCAGCACCAACGUACAUCAACCGCCGGCGCAUCACCUCUCCGCCACCGCGCUACUACAAAAGGCGGCGACGGUGGGUCACGUGGUGGAUCAUGUGGGGUCAACUAUGAGUGGUUUGGAUAUGGGAGAGUUGGGUCACGUGACAAGCUCUGUGGGGUACCACCAGCACGUGGGGAUGACGUCAGGGAGUAUUGCCACGUGGCAUAAAACGGACCGUUUGACUAGAGAUUUUCUUGGGUUGACCGGCGAUCAGGAGGUUGACCACCAUGGUGGGGUCGAGGCUAACGUGAACGUGAGGAGUAUGCUAACGUACACCGGGGGUAUAGAGAUCCCGGCCGAUGGAGGGUUCGGUACAAGUGGUUCGGAUGCGUGGGGCAACUGUUAAAGCGGAAUGUACAAGUGGUUAAGCAAGGUUUUCGACGUAAAGGGUAGAAUGGUAAUAUUCCAAAAGCAUUGAAAUGACGAAAUUACCCCUCAUGAAAGAUCAAGAAAGACCCUUUUGAGUUUUGAGCUUAUGGAGACAAGUUACAAGUGCCUACUCCCGUUUCAAAUUUUCACAUAUUAUUCAUGGUCGUUAUUUCUUUUUUGUUGGGAGUUUUCUUGAAUUUAAACAUCAUUUUAGUUUGUGCUUUUAUAAUGUGAAUUGUUUCUCAAAUUACUUCA